UUCCAAAAUAAGGCGCCGUGGCGCCCAACACUGCUCGCUCCCUCUCGCUCCACCGCCGCCGGCGAGCACAGACCCGCAGCCCGGGGCCGCGCGGCCGGGCGCCACGGUGAUGGCGGCCUCGCGGCCGUCCAUCGAUCUCGACGAGGAUAUCGCGGCCCUCCUGGAGCGGGCGCGCGUUUCUGCGCUCGUCUCCGGUAAGGUGGUGCCGCAGCUGCUGGCCCAGGACGUCGGCAACGUCGCGGCGCUGCUCGAGGCGGUCGCCGAGGACGGCCUCGAGGGGCUCGGCCUCGGCAAGACCGUGCAACGUCAGCUGUGCCGCUGCCUGCCGGCCCUGAACAGCUGCGACGCGGCUGAGGCAGCUUUGUCGUCCUUUGCCUCCCUGUCUCUGGCCGCGGAAGGCGGAACCGGAGGCGGCGCCCCGGGGGCCUAUAUGGACCCCGUGGCGCCCGCGCUGCCGGCUAGCGGCGAUGGGACGAUCGCCGCCGCGGGGGGGGAGGAGGAGCCACUUGCUGCGUCCGCCGGAGCUUCGGAUUCUACUUACAGCGGCGCGGACGCGGAGGAUGCGGUGGCAGGAGGGGGCUCUGGGGCGGCGGAGGCGAGCGCGGCGGCCACGGCCGAGGAGGACAAGCGCGUCCGGGCGCUGAGGAUUGCCCUGCAGCACAGGACGCAGAUGCCCGUGACGGACGAGGAGGCCCGGGCUAUCCUCCAGGCGCGAGGGGGUCGCGAGACGCCCGUGACGGAGGAGGAGGCGCGGGGCGGCGAGAAGCUAUCGCGGCGUGGGAAGAAGGCGGUGGCGAAGGAGGCGGGCGAGGUGGUAUCACGCGAGGAAGGCGAGGCGAUUUAUCGCGCGACGCUCGAGUCGCUGUUGGCGUCCACCGGGUGGACGCCGCGCGCCGCGGAGGAGAGGGCGCGCGAGGAGCAGCGUGCGCAUGUUCGGCAGAUGCGCUGGGCAAGGGAGCACGGCCGGGGGGAGCCGGUCCGGUGCUUUGACGCGGAGGAGUACGACGAAGGCGACGACGCUUUCGACGCGCUCUUCGACGGGGGCUCGGGGUACGGGUGGGAUUCCCCCUCGGGGGGCGGCGCUUUCUUCUAGGCGCCCGCCUUGACCCAACAUAGAGGGAGCGGACCCUGAGUUGAGGAAAUCGGGGGACGCGACCCACUUCGCCACAGACGGUCCCGCGCCUCGCCGCUAUGACGGGUAGACGACCGCGGCUCGUGUGCGUCUACCCGUCUUUGUCCGGAGUGAAUACUCCAACGCGCUCGUCGGUGACGGCGUCCCCCGAUUUCGCCGCGCUCGGCGAACCUCGACAGCGCUUUCGGUGGCAUGCAGCUCUUUGCGCCUGAAGCCUGGAGAGCAGCUCCUCUGCUGCUCAUACGCUCUGCACAGUUGGCACAGCCUACUGUGCGGCUGCCACAGCUGUGACAGCGAUGGGCUCGCCCUCACUGGCCCUCAGUCACUCGUGCUGCGGCUUGUGUGAGCGACACUGCUCGGCGACUGCCGGCACACUGUGAGACCAUGGGUGUGAGGUAAAACCACGCUACCAGCGC